AUGUCUGCAUUUGACUUUCCAUCAAUAUACAACUUCCCUCCUUUCUUUACGCAACAACCAAACGAGGCAACAUGGCAGACGCAAGCGCAGUUGUGGAUAUCGAUAAUUCUCUCAUAUUGUAGAUUUUAUAAAAUACAUAGACUAGACCUAUCGGACGCGCUUACAACAGAGCUAUUCUAUAAUAAAUCAAUCAAUCGGAGACUGAAGCUAGAAACACUACAAAGCAUUAUAAAGAUGAUGAUUAAACAAGGAUUGGCAGAAUGGGAUCCACCAAACAAGAAGACAUCAGCAUUUAUUUAUUGGAAAAAACCUGAAGAAUGGGCUACGAGUAUAUCCAAUUGGGUGUCUGAAAAUGGAUUGAAUAAUUCAAUUGUGACAUUGUAUGAAAUAGCACACGGAGAAGCAUCGGAAGGAACUGAAUUUCACGAGAUUGAUCAAGCCGUGUUACUUAAAGCAUUGGAUGUAUUGGUAAAGAAGGGAGAAGCCCAGACAUUGCAAGCAACAAAUGCAGAAGAGAUGGGAGUAAAGUUCUUCGGAACUGGGUGA